ACAUACCAUGGAAGUUUCUUGAUGCAUUUUGUGAUCGUCUUAUAGAACCACAUAUUUUCUCUUUGUGACCUGUCACGAUUAUAUUCCAGCCAAGUCAGAUUUUCUAUAACUCCCUCACACUCUCCUCGUGUAAGCUCACAAUCUCCGAGCAGCAAAUCUAGCACACUAGCAAGACGGAGAGCUCAGAGCCAUUGAGGCCGGCCAUGGAGGAGCUUAUUAGGCUUGUGUUGCCAGUUUCCGUCCUUGUCUUGGUCUCCGCUGUGUAUCUCUACUUCACGGUCCUGGGCAACCGCUCCCGGCAGCGGAUGCCGCCUGCGCCGCCGGGGUGGCCGGUGAUCGGGCAUCUGCACCUGCUCUCCGGCAUGCCCCACCACACGCUCGCCGAGCUAGCCAAGGCCAUGCGCGCGCCGCUGCUCCGGCUGCAGCUCGGCAGCGUCCGGGCCGUGGUGAUCUCCAAGCCGGAGCUGGCGCGGGCUGCGCUCACGACCAACGACGCCGCGCUGGCGUCGCGGCCGCACCUCCUGUCGGGGCAGUUCCUCUCCUUCGGGUGCUCCGACGUCACGUUCGGGCCGGCGGGGCCGUACCACCGCAUGGCGCGGCGGGUGGUCGUGUCGGAGCUCCUCUCCCCGCGCCGCGUCGCGACGUACGGCAGGGUCCGGGUCGGCGAGCUCCGGCGUCUCCUCGCGCGCCUAACCAGGAGCGCCUCCUCGCCGGCGGCGGUGCCCGUCGACCUCAGCGAGUGCUUCCUCCACCUCGCCAACGACGUGCUCUGCCGCGUCGCGUUCGGGCGCCGCUUCGCCCACGGCAAGGGGGACAAGCUCGGCGCGGUACUCGUCGAGGCGCAGGACCUCUUCGCCGGGUUCACCGUCGGCGACUUCUUCCCGGAGCUCGAGCCCUUCGCCAGCACCGUCACAGGCCUCCGCCGCCGCCUCAAGAACUGCCUCGCCAACCUCCGCGAGGUCUGCGACGAGAUCAUCGACAACCACAUCAGCGGCAAGCGCCAGCGCGUCCCCGGCGACCGCGACGAGGACUUCGUCGACGUCCUCCUCCGCGUCCAGAAGUCGCAGGACCUCGAGGUUCCCCUCACCGACGACAACAUCAAGGCCCUUGUACUGGACAUGUUCAUCGCCGGCACGGACACGUCAUCCGCGACGCUGGAGUGGGUGAUGACCGAGCUGGUGCGGCACCCAUGGAUCCUCAAGAAGGCGCAAGACGAGGUGCGGCGAGUCGUCGGCGACCGGGGCGCCGUGGAGGAGUCGGACCUCGGCGAGCUCCACUACAUGCGCGCCGUGAUCAAGGAGACCUUCCGCCUCCACCCGGUGGUGCCGCUGCUGGUGCCGCGGGAGUCCGUGGCUCCCAGCAAGCUCGGCGGCUACGACAUCCCGGCCGGGACGCGCGUGUUCAUCAACACCUUCGCCAUGGGCCAGGACCCGGAGAUCUGGGACAAACCGACGGAGUUCUCGCCGGAGCGGUUCGACAACGGCGGCGGCGACAUCGACCUCAAGGACCCGGACUUCAGGCUGCUGCCCUUCGGCGGCGGCCGGAGGGGGUGCCCCGGGUACUCGUUCGCGCUGGCCACAGUGCAGCUCACCCUCGCGAGCCUGCUGUACCACUUCGACUGGGCGCUGCCGGCCGGCGUUCGUGCCGACGACGUCAACCUCGACGAGGUCUUCGGGCUCGCCACCAGGAAGAAGGAGCCGCUGUUCGUCGUCGUCAGGAACAACGAGCAGUACGAGUUUAAGGGGGAGGAGUUGAACGAGGUCCAAGACUAGCUAGCUAACAAAUUGCGAUCAUUAAGCUACCAUUUCAAGAGCUCAUGUCCAAGAAUAAGAUGUAUCUGUUCACAUUGUCAAUAAACGCCAGCCUUCAUAAUUGAGCAUUAGGGUCACUGUU